AUGCUUAUCUUUCUCUCUUGCUUUACUUCUGUCCCUAUCCCCAACAUUUGUAGGGCCCUGUGCGUUCGCCGCGCUACUAUUAUGGCGAGCAUUGGCCCAAAGUUAUCGCGGCGGCAGAAACUACAUGUCCAUCUCAAGGCGGUGUUGCAGGCGCUUCCCAUAUCAAUAUUAAUUGUUGCUGAGGGAAGGGACAUGUACUAUCGUGCGACGUGGGAAGUGACAGAGCUACCACCGGGUGCGUUCCGAACAGGUGAUGUUAUCGCAAUCUGUAAUCGGUGGUACACGCUGCCUACUUGGGGCCACAAACUGUACAGUGUUCUGUCGAAGGUUCUGCUGAAGUCUUCGUGGGAUGAUGUUGGGGUCAUUUGGGUAAAGGAGGGAGUCCCCCAUGUUUUCUUCAGUGAUUUCACGGGAGCUCAUGUGUUGAGCUUGGAAAAGUUUAUCAAAGAUCGAAUGCCGCGUGGUAUUGCGCUUAGGAGGCUCGUUGUAGCCGAUGCGGAUGCUGGACGCAAGCCCAAUGCAGCGGUUGCAUCUGUCUUCGCGGAGGAGGUUCAGAAACUCGAACCCCAUCCGUGGUAUUUGUUCUCAGCAAGUAUGCGGUACAAUCGGGAGCACAAACACUAUGAAUGUGUGGUGGAUAUGUGCCGCCAGAGGUGUAAGAUCUACCAGAUGAUUAAAAGCGGUGCGUCAAACUCCGCCAUAAAUGGGCAAAAGGAAAAACUGAAGGAGAUGGAGGUGAUGAAGCAGCAUUUGGCUACCUUCGUCGAACCUGAUAAAACGUUCCGUUUGUUCAACGGGUCAUUGGUUGCUUCAUUCCUCGCGACUUUCGAUUUGCUCGACAGAAGCAUGCCGCCGCCGUCCCGCUAUGUGCCUCAAGACUUUGCCCACGACUUGCCGUUCAAGUGCGUGGCAGCUUUAGAAGAACCAGUUGUAUUUUUCAAGAACUGA